AUGCCUGUCCCUAGCCGAUGUGCGUAUAUCGCCGGAGUGGUGGUGCUAUUCCUCUGCUUGGUUGCACUCUUCCAGACCGGCACAGUAUCGUCACCUUCAUCGCUACAUCUCGAUGAUGUGACAGACUUUGUAUCAUCUCCGUUCUCCUCUUACAAGGAUGAGGCACAGAACAACACCGCACAACAGACUUCAUCAGUAUCAGCAACAACAUCAUCAGCAGCAGCACCUUCGGCAACAGUACCUGCUGUUGUCUCGAACGUACCCAUCUCAUACGACAAAACCACACCUCCAUCAACAGGCUGCGAAGCCGUAGUCAACGCCGCUCAACAAAAACUCAUCUCCGAGUACCAACAACUCCUCAAGGGCAUUCGCUAUGUCAACGUCUGGGGCUACCUGGAGACCGAAAACAAGGGCGAUGCCGCCAUCUGGUCCGCCCAGCAAAUCCUCCUCAGCAUGAUGGGCAUCGAGACCAUGGAAGCCUGCCGCUUCAUGGACAAGGGCUGCAACAUGACCAAAUUCACCCAAGCCCUCGACGACCACAAGCCCAACUCUGCCAUCAUCAUGGCUGGCGGCGGCAACUUCAACGACUACUACUGGGAGGACCAACCGUCGAGAAUGCAGAUGAUCAAGCACUUCACUCAAGUCCCCAUUCGCGCUUUCCCUCAGAGCAUCCACAUGACUCACGAGGAUCGCAUCAACCGCACAAAGGAAGCUUUCCUGUCACACCCCAACCUGCAGCUCGCUGCUCGUGAUGCACCCAGCUACAAGUGGCUGGCAGACACCUUCGAGGGCGAAAAGGUCGCUUCGUCAAUCGACCUGGCCACCACCGACGGCAUCGGUAAAGGAGAGGUCAAGACUGUCUUGACCCCUGAUAUCGCAUUCAUGUGGGGCAGCCGUCCUGACUUCCGCGUCAACACGCCAAAGGAGUACGACAUCCUGAUCCUCGCCCGCGACGACAAGGAGAUUUCUGCCGGAAACUCAAAGUCCAUUCCCUUCGGCAAGGGCAACCUCGACCUCGGCGGCAGCAUCGGCAACGUCAGCUACUGGAAAGUAGACUGGAAGUUCACGCCCACCCCCGAGAUCGACAACAAGGAACACCGCGAGAACGGAAAGAACCAGCGCGCAUGGGCAAAAGCAACAGAAGGAUUCAGAAUGCUUGGAGCUGCAAACUUUGUCAUCACUGAUCGCCUGCAUGGACAUAUCUUGAGCACGCUGAUUGGAACGCCUCAUGUUGUUAUGGACUCGAAGUUGGGCAAGAACAUCAACUACCAUGAUACAUGGACAAAGGAUUGUGGUUGCACGAGAGUCGCAGAAGAUAUCGAUGAGGCUCAAGACUUUGCCAAAAUGUUCUUCGAGAAGGAGAAGAAUGAGGGAAGGUGGAAUGGCGAGCUCGUCCGUGGCGCAGAGUCAGAGCAGGAGGUCGAUUUUGAGUAA